GGUGGACGGGGGCUGGUGCUGCGCAGGUCUGUAGGGAGAGCAGACAGGAUUUGCAGAUGGUCAGGGUGGGAUGUAGGAGAAACAAGGAUUCAGGGACAGGGUGGCCCUAUGUGCCCUGAGCAGUGUUUGGUCCUGAAAGAACCAAACUGCUGUCACCGAGGAGGUGUGGAGUGAGAGGUUUGCAGCUGAGGCUGGCUUGGACGGUUGCUUUGGUGCAGCUUGGCAUCUGUAGGGAGGAGGGUGCCUUGUGCUUCUCCCUGACAGGACGUUUUGGGGGGCUUGGCACCCCCCGCACACACCUUUCCCCUCCUGCCCACCUCUCUCUUUUGGAGACAGGCCCUGCCCUGCCUAGCUGCCCACCUGUGGUGGGGCCUUCACGGGGUGUGCGAGGGGCCUGGCCCUCACCCUGUGCCGAGGAGGCCUUAGCCCUGCAACGUUGAGCCUCUGGGGCAGACACAGAAGAGGCUUCCCUCGAGUCCUUGCACUCUGGUCAGACUGCAGAUUCCAGGGCGACCCAGAGAUACAUUUGUGUGUGUUCUUCUCUUAAACACCUGAGAUCUGGAAAGAUGCUUUCUUGCCCAAGGGCUUCAUGGGGUUCUGUGUGGUGUGUGUGUGUGUGUGUGGGUUCGCGGUGGCACCUGACGGCAGCGGGGCCUGCUCUCUGCAGCCUGUGUACUUCAGGCGUGGUGCAGCUCCACAUCAACAGCUGGCUGGAGGUGAGCUUCUGCCUGCCUCAUAAGAUCCACUACGCCGCUGCCAGCCUCAUUCCACCCGAGGCCAUCGAGCGCAGCCUGAAAGCCAUCCGCCCCUACCACGCUCUGCUGCUGCUCAGUGAUGAGAAGUCCCUGCUGGGCGAGCUCCCGCUCGACUGCUCCCCGGCCCUGGUGCGUGUCAUCAAGACCACAUCCGCCGUGAAGAACCUGCAGCAGCUGGCCCAGGAUGCAGACCUGGCCUUGCUGCAGGUUUUCCAGCUCGCGGCCCAUCUGGUGUACUGGGGUAAGGCCAUCAUCAUCUACCCGCUGUGUGAGAACAACGUCUACAUGCUUUCUCCCAACGCCAGCGUGUGUCUGUACUCCCCACUGGCCGAACAGUUCUCCCGUCAAUUUCCAGCUCACGACCUGCCCUCCGUCCUUGCGAAGUUCUCCUUGCCCGUCUCCUUGUCAGAAUUCAGGAACCCUCUCGCGCCCCCUGUGCAGGAGGUCAUGGCUCCUUGGUCCUCCCUGGAGGAGAGCAAGGCAGUGGUGGGGGACCAGCCUUCCUCCACUGCCCUGGGCCUCGUGCCGCCUGUCCUGCAGACCCAGCUCAUUCAGAUGGUGGUGUGGAUGUUGCAGCACAGACUCCUUGUCCAGCUGCACACCUACGUGUGCCUGAUGGCCUCGCCCAGUGAGGACGAGCCCCACCCUCGAGAGGACGAUGUCCCCCUCACCGCCAGGGUCAGCGGCCGCAGCCUCAGCACACCUAAUGCGCUCAGCUUUGGUUCCCCAACCAGCAGUGACGACAUGACCCUCACUAGCCCCAGCAUGGAUAACUCCAGCGCGGAGCUCCUCCCCAGUGGGGACUCACCACUCAACAAGAGGAUGACGGAGAACCUGCUGGCCAGCCUGUCCGAGCACGAGCGGGCAGCCAUCCUCAGCGUGCCUGCAGCCCAGAAUCCCGAGGACCUCCGCAUGUUUGCCAGGCUCCUGCACUACUUCCGUGGCCGCCACCACCUGGAGGAGAUCAUGUACAAUGAGAACACACGGCGCUCCCAGCUGCUCAUGCUCUUCGACAAGUUCCGCAGCGUGCUGGUCGUGACCACCCACGAGGACCCGGUCAUCGCCGUCUUCCAGGCACUGCUCCCCUGAGGCCAGGCAGGCCGCUGCCCUCCAUGUUCUUAUUCUCAUCCGGCCCUUGAAACAGCCUCAGUGUCCGAGCUCCCAGCCGGAGGGAGUGUCCAGGACUCAGGCCUGCGUGCUUCCCACACACAGAUUUGGGCCGUGCGUCUCUCAGACCCUCCUCCCAACCCUGGCCUCGUUCCCUGGCCCCCUCCACUGCUGCCUUCCACACGGUCACCCUGGGCGAUACUCAGAAACGUGUCUGAGGCCAAGAGCGGACGAGAGCCCGGCCCGGCCCCCGCUACAGCUUUCGUAUUCGCCACCAGGAGGCUCAUGACCAGGCUGUCACCUGGCCCCUCUUUGACACCUGCCUCACAAGGGCCUGGCCUGGUCCACAUCUUGGGGGUGAGUCUGCCCUGGUGCCCCCCACCCUCCCUCACACAGGCCUGAGGAACAGUGCGUCCAGCCUCCCGCACACCCAGGGCCUCCGAGUCCUGUCCUGGAGGGAGGACCGACGGCAAGCACACGUUGGCCACGAGGGCGGCUCUGGCGGAGAUACAAGCAAUACUGUUUUCUAGACAUGAAGCGUUUAUUUGGUUCUUAAACAAUUAAAAAGCCUUGUUGGAGCGGACCCUUGCUCAGGCCCGUGCGUUCUGCUCAGCUGCUCUGUCUACCACGCUGACCCAGGGGCUGCCCCGGACAUAAAAGCGCAGGGGCUUCUGGGCCCACUCUCCCGCACGGCCAACGCCCACUCGGGCUGCCGCCACCACGGCUGGCUCACUGGACCCCGGGGGGCUGCGCUCCAACCACAUAGCUUUGUCCGUGGCCAGGUCCCGCUGGUCGAAGCUCUUGUCAAUGGCCAGGGCCUGGCACAGCUUGGAGGGGCCGCUGCACAGCUCACGGUCUUUGAGGGCGCGGCCCGCGGCGCCCCUGCGGACGGUGCUGCGAAGCUGCCGCAUGGUCUCCAGGCCCCCCAGGGGCUCCAGCGCUCGCAGUAGGACACACGCCCCAUCCCCUGUGGGACACACAGACAGCCUAGAAAGCCGAGCCUCCGCAGGCUGUUCCCCUCCCUACCCCGGGGCACGUCCAGUGCUGCGGAGGUGCUGAGCACCCCUGCGCUCAGUCUCCACACGUCUGCUGCUUCCACCUUCUGCAGACUCGCACCUGCAAGGUGGGCUGUGCCCACGAGGCCCGAAUGCCUGACCACUAGCUAGGGAGAACCUAUUCUUUAAAAGAAGCGUGGUGGGUGCUGGUAGCCAGCCUCCUCCCCGGGUUCAUCUGGUUUGGUGGCUGGCAGCACCUGUGAGGCUGGCAAAGGAGAUCCCCGAGGGCCAGUCGUCUGUGAGCACGGUCACCCCACCAGGAAGCAGGAAGCCUCAGGCCUGGGCCAGAUUCUGAGCCGGCCCCAGGGUACCCCAUCUGCCUUACCCGCUCAGGUAAGCUGGAACCUUCCAAGCUGGAAGGUCGGCCCAGAACAGCUACCGGUGUGCUCACACUGCUGGGGGAGCCCUGCCCAGUGACGCAGGGGGAGACCAUGCGGGAGGAGAUGCCGGCACACAGCCCCUCACUCCCCUGGGAUUCCUUCUAGCCCUGGCCCUUUGCGUAUCAGUCCAAGCUGCUUCAAGUUUGUUUUCAGUCAUGUCUGCACCCAACAUGGGGCUCAGACUCACAACCCUUGAGAUCGAGAGUCACACGCUGCACCACCUGAGCUAGACGGGCGCCCCAGUCCAAGCUACUUUUAGAGACCAGAGACCGCAGAUGGACACUCUGGGCCCCAGGGCUCACGCAGGAAGAAGCAUCUGCCCCAAUUCCCUCAGUCCUGCAUGGCUGGAGACAGUGAGGACCCUGGCCACGAGAACUCUGAGCCUCCAGCAAGACUGCUCCCCUGACCAGGCCACCCCCCGCCACCCCACCAGGGGGUCUGAGAGGCUCGGGUGGCCAGGCCAGUUUCUGCUCUUGGACCUUGGCCACAAAGGUCUCCCCACUGGCAUCUGGGAGCCCCGAGGGGACACAGCAGCCAGGCCCUCUCAAGUAGCCAGCAGCUGACCAGAUGCCCCUUAACCAGCCUGUUCUCCAAGGACCUCAAGAUACACUCGGGGUACACAAAGCCUUGGAAGUUAGUUCCUGUGCCUCUGUGAUUCCUGGGCUCCUCUCAGCCCGCCAGCCUCAGGGCUCCCUGGGGGUGCCACACAUGUCCCUCACUGUCCCGCAGAGCCCCUGCACCUGGGAUGGAGUGGCCUCCUCCUCCAUCCCCACACCCCUACCCUGGAAUGCAUCUGAGUCCCUCAUCCUGAUGAAAACACGACACCCUAACAUCUUCCUGCCAAGUCUCCCCGUCCUUACCUGCUGGUCCUCCGUCUAUACCACCUGCCCUCCGGGUUGGUUCUGUGCCACCCCCACCCUGAGGGCAGGCAGGCAAUGACCAUGUCCUUGGCCUCCCCUCCCCUUCACUCUGCCCAGAUGACCCUUGGCCUUGACUGCACCUGUGUGGUUUCCUGCCCCCGCACUGACUUGACCUGGAUGGUCACAUGGCCAUAAAGUAAUGCACCACCUCCAAUGUCUGCCCUGUCCACUGUAUCUCCCCCCACAACCCCAAAAUCCUGGGCUUCUCCCCUUCCUUGUUGACCACAGCCCUGGGCAAUGCUAGACUCUUGAGUUCAGUCCCACUUCACAAGAGGGAGUUGGUUCUCUUGCCAAAGUAAAGACAACCAAAGUAAGCUCCCCAGAAUGACAAGAGGACCCUACCAUCCUCUGAUGUCCAGUCACUCAGCUUCACUCAACACCUGCUUUGUUUUGGGCACAGGAUCAGUCGCGGGUCUCCUGUAGGCCCUUUAGCCCCUGUGGCUCUGACACUGGACGUGUCCAGCUGUCUCCUCGCUGCAGUCACAACUCCCAGGUCGUUGGAGUCAUUCAACAAAUGUGUGUGACACACAAUAUACCAGACCCCAAGCUUCUUACUGGUCUCCUCGAGCAUUUGCUCCUCUUGGGAUGGGCAGUGGGGAGAUUCAACAGACACCCACAGGCUGGGACUGGCUGGCCAGAAUGGGCCAGGCGGACCUGCUCCUGGUCAGCAGUGCCGCUUGCAGGACAGUGCUGUGGGCUCUUCUUUCUGAGCACAGAGCUUCCGGAAAACAGCCACCCGCUCACAGUGCCCCAGAGCAGGUCUCACAGGGUGAGCAGGUUCUCCUGGGAGCUCUAGACCAGCAUCUCUCUGCUCGGCACUACUGACAUUUGGGGCCAGAGGAUUCUGUGUGGUGGGGGCCGGUCAGCAGCAUGCCUGGCCUCCACCUGCUAGACGCCAGUAGCACGUCACCAGCUGGGAUGACCACACAUCUCUGGACAUUGCCUAAUGGUACCCCCCCCAGGUGGCAAAAUCAUCCCCGGCGGAGAAUGACUGAUUCAGACCCCAUAACUGACCACCUGGCGAGGCUCUGGCUUGAGCCCAACUCAACCCAAACUGAUCUCACCCUCGUUUCCCCACAACCAGCCCCUCCCAGGUCCACCCUGGGUCAUAGGAGACACCACCUUUGAUCCCUGUGACCAUCGGUGUCCUUGCGGAACCAGUCAGCUCUGUGUUCAGGUCAACCCAUGACCUCUAUCCAGUGGGGGCCCUGGUGCCCUGACAGUGUAGCCAGCGUUCCUGAAAAUCUAGCUUAGCAAUGACACCUCUUUGCUUAGACACCUGCCCCGGCCUGGUCCUCCCAGGGAUCUCCCAGCCGCCAACUGAAGGGACCAUGCCCAAGGCCUCCUGUCGCCCCAGCGCCCCAGCACUGCUCACCUUGGCUGGAGACAUUCAUGCAGAAGUACAUGCCAUAGAUGAUGUACACAUACAGUGUUCCUGGCUUCAUGAACAUGCCACGGUUGCGGGAGGUCUGCCGGCCACCCCUAGAGUGGGCAGCUUCAUCCUCUGGCCCCAAGUAUGCCUCCGUCUCCACAAUGCGGCCGCGGAGCUCUGUGCCGUCAUCAAGUCGUCGAACCAGGACCUGUGGGCAGUCCGUCUGCUCAGAGCAGGGAGGGGCCGGGGUACACCCAACUGUGACAGCCCACAGCCUGGGCGUCAUCUCCCCAGUUCAGGGUGCACCAGGGCGCCCAGGUCCAGCCAGGCCCCCCACUCUCCCCUCUGUCCUGUCACCCACCCCGGGAACACAGGCCCUGCUAAGUAUCCUGUCCACGGGUGGCAGCUGUCUCAACCUCCGGCCAGGGCCAGGCUGGAAAGCCAGCACUAGUCAAGUCACACACUUCAAGUCUUCUUGGCGGGGCCCUCCAUCUCCCUGCCUCUUCCUCCCCAAGUCCCCUUGGACUUAAAUGCUGAGCCUGGGGCAGGGCAGCAUGGAGGGCACAGGGCGCCAGUGCUGUCCCCACACAGCUGCCCAGGACGCCUUCCACCUGGACUGACCACAAAGGACCGUCCUCCUCAGCUCCCACGCACCUGGCUCUGAAAGGCCCGAGCAGCAGGACCAGCUGCCCUGCAGUGGCCCCGGCCUGGACCAUGGCCCCGGGUGUAGCCAGCGCCACCAAGAGCGGGUCAGUGCAGGCAGCCCGCCAGGGAGAGGAGCCAGCUGCAGGUGGCCCAGACAGCACCCCGGGCAGGGGUGAGGCCCAAGGGGACAGAAGGGCCAGCUGAGGACAGGGCAGGGGCUCUCAGGUCAGCAGGGCACCUUGGAGAGCAGUCCAGGCCACAGGGGACCAGGGCGGGCCUGUGGAGCGCUGAGUGUGCCAGUGAACUGCAUCUUCCUCGGCCCGAAGCCUUUCCGCCUAUUCCUUGGCUACGUGACAGUACCUGUCCCAGAAAUGCCCGUGCCAGGGGGACAGCGGGCUGGUCGAAAAACUCAGAUCCCAGCUGUGCAGAGUGGCUUUUUGGGCUUGAGAAGUAGAUGCUGCGCUGGGGGCUCAGGGCUGCAGGUGGCCCCAAGCAGGGCUCCAGAGGGGCAAGCAUCUGGGCUCUGUCUGGUGGACUCGGAUGCCGUUCUGCCUCCAACAGCCGCUGCUUUUUUUGCCCCAUUCUGCGGGAAAGCUGUAAUGUGAACAGACAAAAUAAAUCUUCUGAAUAGGUUUUGCGGUGAAGUCA